CAUGAAGCAUUUCUUCUGGAAGAUUUGUGACCGCCACAGAAUGCCUUACAUAGAGCAGCUUGACUUACACCGAGUUUAACGAAACCCAAUAACAGCCUUCGCGACUCGUUCUUUCUGUCGCACAAAUACAACGACGGUUAAAAAUCACUUGACUUUUGUUUCGCUAUACCUUCAUCUUCUUAACCCAAGCACCUAUUUUAUUCUCAGUUACCAACACAACUCCCUAUUUCCAUCAACACUACCCUAAAAAAGAUUUCAACACCUCAAGCAGUUCAUCAUGCCUACUCAGGAAGUACUUAACCAGUGGGAAGCUUCGUCCCCAACUACUAAAAGCGAAGGCCCCCUUCAAGGCACAUCAAACCCCCCCCAAUCCUUGGUUACUAAACACGAGUGCUUUGCUGCGCGACCCAACGCGGAAGUAUGCCCGACUUAUAAUGAUGGACGUCUUGCGCUAAAUCAGGAUCGCGUUCGCAAUAGUGGUGCCCGUACGCCCGGCUCUGUCCACGCCGACAUCGUCGCACAGAUAGAAGCGAAGCGAGAGCGAAAGGCUUCGGAGGAGGCAGAGAAGGACAAGAAAGAUGAGGUCGAGAAGAAAUCAACAUGAAAACACCACUGUAAUGCUUAUUUCUCAACGUCAUGUUUGCUAUCGAAAGGGACUGGGAAGCGUAGAGUCUGGAAUUUUCUUGAUGGCUGAUCAUGGGCUGCGAACGGGGUCUGACGUCCUGUUCGUAAAACGUUGCUCGGAAUAGGCUUCUUUCGUCAUUGUCAACUUGAUCUAUAUCUCUGGUGGUGCCAUCUGAUCGCAGGCAGUCCUUUAACACGUGCGUGUAGACUGAUCACAUUGAAACCUGAGCAAGGCAGAAACA